AUAUAUAAUAUUACAUCGAAUGAUUAUUGACCUCCGGGUAAUAAACAUCAAAUUAGGGAAUAGGGGCCUAUCUAUAUACAAGUAUACGAGGAUUGAAAUCAACCGCUCAAAAGUUGAAGAAACUGCGCGAGUAGGCUGUGGAGUGUUAUUACUAUAGCUAAAAUAUAAAGAAUAUACGAAAAUAAUUUCAAAACAGAUGCCGACGUCUGAAGACCUUGGAUUACAAAAGGAUUCAAUUUUAUGUUGAUUUGGAAUAUACAAAGAGAUAAAAGGAAUAUCUUGUUAAAACAGAAAACAACAAUCAAGAGAUGGAUGUUCAAAUUGAACGAGUGAAUGGUUAUGCUGUCAACCAUCAUAACGGCGGAUUAGUAGGAACGUCGAAACCAAAGACACCAGUUUCAAACGGAAUAGUACAAUCCGCAAGCCAUAACGGGUUUAUUCCAACAGUCAAACAAAAGGAGCAGAUUUUACAGAACGGUGACGCACACAACGAUAAGGCAACGCACCACGUCGGUGUAAAUUCGAACGGCACAAGUAACGUCAAACGUGAAAAUUCGAACAGUGGCUCUCUUUUUGUGUUCAAAAAGAGGAUUUCGCCCGAAAAACAGAGAGUAAUGGCAAAAGCUCAGCAGUGUCAGGAACGGUUGCAACAAGCGAAUGUCUCUGAUGACUUCGUAAAGUUUUACAAAGAUUAUGAGACGUAUGAUGCUGGUCUCAACAAAGAUUUCCUCGGUGUAACUUCAGACAAUGACCCACAAGAAACAAACAGUCUCCUUACCUCACUAGUUGAUCUUCACGAGAAAUUCUCCGAAUGGACAAAGAUCACACGUGACUUUAUUGAACAAGGGUUAAAGGUGAAAUUCCCGGUGACUGCACCAUGUGGUAGACAGUGGAAGUCUAUGUGUACAUAUAAAUCCAAGAAUCUAGGUGUGGUAGAAAAUGAAGAUCUUACUAUCAUUGGCUCCAGAAACAACACAUGGACUGUGCAAAAUUCUUCGACAGGAGAGGGCAAUGUCCCAGCCUUGGCUCUAUUGUUUCCUCAACCUGAUAGAACCCCAUUAGGAACGGCAACACGGUUGAAGUUGAAGCUUUACCUUCUCUGGGUCUUACAGAGACGAUAUGUGUGUCAACAGCUUCUACAUGUUCUCACAAAUACAUACAGAGAAUGGAAAGCUGAAGAGUCUAAAAUUCUAGCUGCAGUCGAUGAAGAACUGUUAGCAAUAAUGGAUAUAGCCGACAGUCUCAUUACGAAGGACAGCGCCCCUUUAGCUGAAUACAUGCAGUUGGAGGCCACGUCAGCGAGGCUAAGGGACAAAAUCUCCAUGGGAAGUAGCUCCAUACCCCAACCUGUAACUGAUGAGGAAAGACAGACGGUUCUUGCUCAGGGGAAAAAUAUUACUGACUUACUUGAGCAGUAUCAGAACUUUAUGUUUGGUUUGGAAGAAUUGAGAAGAUCUUUCGAGACUUGUAGUCCUGCUUUGAAGGUGAACGACGAAUUGGAUCAUUUUAUCACCACGCCUCUGCAGAAACGAUUCAGGUAUACGCAACAAGAACACUUCGUCAAGGAAACCGUCACUGAGGUUACAGAAACUACGACAAUUGAGGCACCAAAACGAGUCCAAUCCGAGGCAUAUGUUUCGGGAUCACAGGAAGAAAAGAAAAAGUUUGUCAUAAGUGCUGUUCAUGACACGAAAAACGACGCGCGUGUGUCGAUUUUAGAAGCAACAGAAAUGGGUAUAGUCAAUAUGGGAAAGGGAACAUUUCUCGAUACGGCAACUGGUGAAAAGAUGGCGAUACAAUCGGCGAUGAAUCGAGGUUUGAUAGAAGUUGAGUUUACAUCAACCAAAAAGUCAGAAGAAAAACAAAGUGUCUAUGGGUUGAUUACAAUCACGAAAUCCAAACCUAAGGCAUAUAAAGUGAAGGGUAUCACGAAUUUAGCAACUGGUGAACUUGUUAGUUUGGAAGAAGCAAUGUCUGAAGGGAUUGUUGACGAGAAUUGUCGAUUUUAUAGAAAUAUUAUUACAAAUGAUGAUAUUACGGUUGAGGAAGCGAUCGAACAGGGAUUAAUCAAGACUGAAACAGAGGAAAACGUUGAAGAAGACGAAGCCGACACGACAACAUCAAAAACCUACGCCAUAUACGGAGUCGUUGAUCAGAAAUUAAAGAAGAAAAUACCGUUCGCAGAUGCUGUUAAGAACGGGAUUCUUGAACCUGAAUCGGGAACCUACAUUAAUAAUGUUACUGAUGAGAAAAUCUUCGUAGGGAAAGCAAUAAAGCGGGGAUUCAUAAAGGCAAAACACAUAACAGACCCAACAACACUAGACAUAGAUCCACAAAACCAAAUGGUAAUUAAGAAAAUGCAAGCCAUGCGAAAGGCAGUUUUGAGCCCGUUGAAAGUCAUGAACAUGAUGCGUGCCGUGACAACUAGUAAACAGAAUGGAAAACAAACUAAUGAAAAUGUUACUAAUGGCAACGUGUGAAUUGUCCAUUCUCCAAGCGCAGAGGGAGUUGAGUAGCCUUGCGUAUGGAGAAUGGAAUUGCCUGUUAGGCCAUUCCAAGUUAUUUUGUUCAAUAUAUGUUUAACGUCCUCGAGAAGGCCCUAGAUCACUAUUGCAAAGUCCCUUUGUCAUUCAGAUUCAUUUUCAACUUUGCAAAUCCAUGGAUGAGCACUUAGAAUUCUUGUUUGUGAUCUGAAAACCUACCUAUAGUAAAUCACAAAAGGGAGGUGACGUUAAACAUAUAUUGAAUUUUAAAUGGGCUUAUUUUAGUUUUGACUGACUCUUGCAGUUUUUGUUUCACACUUUUUAUAUUGAAUGUGGAUGUAUAUACAAGCAGGUUUUAAUAACACCAACGUAUAGUAGCUUAGAUAAAAUGGGUUGGUGUGCAAAUGCAUUUUCCUGGAUUUUCUAUGUGUUUGUGAACAAGUGUAAAAUGUUUGUAUUAUGCACCCCUAUUUGGACCUGUUUAUCAAGAGGAUUGUCUUUCAAAAUGUGUUAUUUUAAGUGAAUGUUUUAAAACGCGUUCAUUUACAUUUUUUUUUACUUUUUAUGUGUAUAAAAAUGGUUGAAGCAAGUGAUUUUGGAUUACUUGAGAAAUAAAUAAAGUACAAUAACA